AUGAGCGACGUCGCCCGUAUUCUCGCUCGCCACUCGAAGGACCUGCAUUUCAUCGACAUAAAUUCCGUCUUGGUAGACCUGAUGAGUGAAAAUGUAUUUGAGCACCAUGAGUACCAUGGAAUUACGGAUAAGGAUUUGCCAACAAAGCACCUGUUUCUUCAGAAGAACUUGCCUCUGAAGGGGGAUAACGCUUUCCCGAUCUUCAUUAAGGUUCUUCGUCAAGGAGAGUAUAAGAAGCUUGCAGACACACUGGAAAAAGAAUGGAAGAAUGCUCCAAAGAAUGGGGAUGAAGAACCGGAGCAGGACCAGAUUUUCAGAGACACUGGCUCAAGGUAUCCAAGCCAGAGUAGAACGUAUUCCAAGGACGAUGAGGAAAUACCAGAUGCUGCUGCAGUAAACGGAUCCCAACGAAUAAGGAUGGUACACAGUGAGAGUGAUGCGGCACAUGGAUUGAUACAAUAUGACAGUGUAGCAAGUGGAAAGCCAUCUCCGAGAAGUGCAUUUGCCAAUUUCGAGGAAUCCUGCAUGACGUUGCGUCUCCAAUCACAUGCCAAAUGGAAGUUGAAUCUGACAUCCGCAAACGCCUCCAGCGCUGACAUCCAGUUUCUGUGCGCCCUAUGCAUUAGAAGUGCCAUGGCAACUAAAGAGUUUGAGGACAUUGAAACAAAGAGAGAUGCCUUCAUUGCCUGCAGGACCUCACAUGGGAAGAGGUUUGGAAAAGUAAACAUUGGAGGUGGCGCCAGAAAGCCUUUCGAAAAGGCAUGCAGGGAGUAUGUUGAGGAGUAUUACUCCAUGGCAGGAGAUGUUCACUAUUCUCUCCCCUCUGGUUUGCUCCUAAAGGACAAGGAAUUUGAUUAUCUUCUUUCUCUAGCAGAAACAAAGGAUCUUGAACUCCCACCAGAUUAUCGGGCUAAAGCUGUUGUCUUCAAUCGGGCUAAAGACAUAUGUGCCACUGCUCCUUCCUUGGUAGUAGCAGACUACAAGAAGACACUCAUAGAUGAACAUGAGGGCUCCUCCCCACUUCUCCUAAUUGCAGGAGGGUCUGGCACAGGGAAAACAAUUGUUGUGAAAGAGAGAGCAAAACGCCUUGCGAAGGAAAAUCCAUGUACUGAAGUGAUUGUAAUGAACCUCCCAGGGGGAUAUCUAACCAAAGACUUCAGGAAUGAAUUUCAAGGCGCUAAAAGGAUGGAGGGAGGCAAUUGA